UAUGUCCCGAGAAACUGAAGCAGUUACAUCUAUGUCCCCCAAAACUGAGGCAGUUACAUCUAUGUCCCCAGAAACUGAAGCAGUUACAUCUAUGUCCCCAGAAACUGAAGCAGUUACAUCCAUGUCCCCAGAAACUGAAGCAGUUACAUCCAUGUCCCCAGAAACUGAAGCAGUUACAUCCAUGUCCCCAGAAACUGAAGCAGUUACAACUAUUUCCCCCAAAACUGAGGCAGUUACAUCUAUGUCCCCAGAAAUUGAAGCAGUUACAUCUAUGUCCCCCAAAACUGAAGCAGUUACAUCUAUGCCUCCAGAAACUGAAGCAGUCAUGCCUAUAUCCCCUGAAGGUGAAGCAGUUAUGUCUGUGACCCAAGAAACUGAAUCAACCCUUCAGUGUACAGCUGUCAAAAUGACAGAAAAUGAAGAUUCUGAUUUGGAUGUCUACCAAGAUACUUUUGAUGACUUUGACAUUCCAAACUCUUCAAUUGAUCCUGACAGAUGUAAUCUAGAGAAUUCAAGCACUGACAACAGUGAAAGCAUGAAGAGUAAUGACAACCCAGCAUUCCAAGAUGACACCACAAUAACCAAACAAUUCCCUGAUGACCAAAAUGUGGUCAUUACGGCCUCUGAAAACUGUCCAGCUGAUCAAAACGAAAAUGAUCUCAAUGAAAGAAUCAGUUCAAAGUUUACUAAAGAGAACUUCCCAGAUGUCAAUACGACAGACAACAGUGAUUUCAACAGUAACGUAAUUAGUUCUUCCCAAAUUCAAACCACUGCUUGCAUUGAUGAAGGUAAAACAGCAGAGUCUUCCACAAUCCAUCAUGCUGAAAACGACCUUCCUGCUGAAAUUGAAACAAAUCGUUCAUUGGACGUGUUUGAUUGCAAUCCUAGUGACUGGGAAGAGUUAGAUCAAGGUUUAAGUACCAGUCUCAUGUCAAACUACUUGAUAAAACCCAAAGACACUGUCUCUUGUUCUGAUUCUAAAAUAGAAAAUACUUUGAAUCCAUUCGAGGAUUGCCAGACAUUUAAUCUGAAACCAUCUUUAGGUGAUAUGGCGGGAGACUCUCUAUUAUCAUUCCUUGAUUGGAACAUGGAGAUCAGCAACCGUAUCAAAGUUAGAUUACUGAAUUUCAUUGCACCAGAUGACUUUUAUGUGACACCUUCAGAUGAUUCUGAUGACUAUUUGCAAUUGUCCAUUGCAAUAAAAGACUGUGUAGAUACACUAGAGCCUUUCUCUGAUCUGGAUGAUAUUAUUGGAUUACCAUGUCUUGCAGAAAUUGAAAAUUCAUGGCAACGAGGAAUUAUUAAAUCUAAUGACAAUAAUGCAAUAAAUGUGUUUUUUGUAGACAUUGGUAAAGAAUUAUGUAUGGAAAAAUCAGUACUGAAAAAAUGUCCUCCAUCCUUGUACAAACCACCUGCAAUGUCUAUCCACUGCUUCUUAGUUGAUGUUCUACCCUUAAACAGUUCUUGGAGCACCACAGCAUUUGAAAUCUUUAAAGAAUUUACUGACAGUGAACAGCUUGAGAUGAGAAUUGAUGUGAAGUCUUCAACGAAAUAUGGUGUGUACCUUUACAAGGAAGCUGAUGAUGACAACUUGAAUGACCGUUUGAUUGAUUUGGGUCACGCCAUUGCUGAACCUGGCUCCAAACUGGAAGCAAACCGUGAAAUUGAGCAGACACUAUUAGACCCACACCGGGUAUCACAUAUGGAAUUGUCAUUCCAUGACAUCUCCUGUUGCCGUGACAGCUGUUUAUCUGACGAUUCUGAUGACAACCCUCAAGAACAUAUCUCCAUUUCUCCUUGCAAUCAUUCAAUUAAAGAUUGCAUCACUAGGGACACUGUAGGGUUUUCUGACUUGAGUGAAAUAGAUGAGAAUCAAACAUCAAAUGAAAACAUUGAGGAACAGUUUGAUGAGGAAAAAUCAGAACAUAAGGAUAGCAGAGAGUCAAGUGAUGAACUGUAGAAUGACUAAGCAAAUGAUUGCAAACCACAAUCUGAUUGCUUGUAGGUGAGUGGGUGCAUGCCCCUCACUCUCUAUCGAGGCACAAACCUAUGGCCUUGCCAGAAUGCCUUGUUCAAAGUGAAUAAACCUGAGGUUUUAUUGAGAUUACAGAUGAAAGAGCUAAUCUUUCAGACUCAGAAGAUUGGAAUCACGUCUUGUCUUUCACUGAUUCUUCCAAUGAUGUCUGCACUUAAUAUUUUCUUUUCUCAAAUAUCUUUAAUUUAUUUUUAUUUCUUUAUUUACUUAAUCUGUCCUUGCAAUUUUACAUGGGGUUUUUUUUUUUUUUUGCUAGUUUCUUUUCACAUUAUAAUGUUUAGCGUUUAAAAUUUCGUGGUGGGGAAGAAAAUUUUAAAUGAUUGCAUUAAAUAAAACUUUGUUCUUAAA